ACGAACUGUAAGUGUAAUUUCACUUAUUUUAAACGAAUAAAUUAAGGUUUUACACUAUGUGAGCCCCUUUUAUUCCUACAUACCCUCGGAUGGCAUAUCGGGAGUCCUUCUAAGGAUACGAAUUACGAGGUUUCCAUCAUCUGGGUUUCAUAUCGGACACCAUCUAUCCAUAUCUCUUACCAGGCUGUUUUUGAUCUCUUAUAAUUUGGAGAUCAACUCCAUUCGGUACUGAAGACUCGCAGAAACCACAUCUGCCUUUGUCUACUGACAAUGCAUUAUGUUUUAGAAGUUCAUAAUGACAACCAACAAUAAAUACGAUGUUGACCAGAUGCUAACUGAUAUCCAUUUAGAAAUUUAUCAUCCGCUUUUUCAGACAGCAGGCUACAGAACAAUAUCAGACUGUACGCAGUUAAAUCAUGAAAGACUUCAAACAAUGGGAAUAUGGCUUACUGGACAUCAGAAAAGGAUUCUUAAAAAGACACACGAAUUACUGGAGCAGUAUUGGACUCCCGAGGAUGAAAAUGUUGAUACAGUGAAGACAAGUGAGGACAGAUUUUUAGAACAUGGCGUCAACGUGCUGCUACCUGAACAGAGCCUGCCUAAUGAAUCCAACAAAAACUCUGCAAAUUAUUUAACAGAUUAUUUGACAGUUGGUGAAGGUGUUUCUACCGAUUCCAAGCAUAAGGACCAGGACAUGUGUCCUGAACAAUCCAAAAUAUCUGAAUAUGACACAACACUAGAUUUCAGGGAAAAAACUGACUCGGAGGGCUCUGGCUUUUUUGAGUUCCAGGGAUCCAUGGUUGAAAAUGAUUUAUAUGGAACAAGGGAUGUGGAUGAAGUUCAUAAAACAAAAACAAAGAAAGUUCCAACUCGAUCAUUCAUAUUAAGAAACAGACCUGUUCCAGAUUUACCCGUUUCUGCCAGUAGUACAUCCUACAGCAGACAUUCUGGGGAAAUUAUGACACAUACCAAUCCCAAAGGAGACUUUACUAUCAACUUAGAAAACAAGCAAUCUGGAGAUGAAAGCAGUAAUCCAAUCUCACCAUAUGAAGAGACGUUCUUUUUCAGCAAUUCAGAGAGCACAAAGGAAGCUACCGGGGAUGCAUCUUCAGUUAUUUGCAAUGAUGGACCUGGAAGUAGUGAAAGUCUACUACAAAACGCUCAGUGUACGACUCCAUCGAAUGCUAUGUCUUCAGUAGUGAACAGUGGCUCAGAGGAAUCAAUAUAUUCUACCUUGGAAGACUGUGCACGUGAGAUGAGCUUAAAGCCUGCUGAUGACCUCAGAAGUCAAUCCGAUAGUCAUUCCCUAAGUGAUACUAUCAGUAGCCAUUCAUCAGAAUCUGGAUGUCAAGAAGAAUUCUCAAUUACUCCGUAUGCAAGCUUCUAUGGACCAUGUGCAAUAAGUAAAGCUGGAUGGUUAGAUAAACUUUCACCUCACAGCACAUGCAUGUUUCAGAAGAGAUGGGUAAAGUUUGAUGGACAUCAUAUUUCCUACUAUCACAAUGAUCGGGAUGUGUUUUCAAAAGGGAAAAUUUUACUGUCUGCAGUAAUAAAAAUUCAGAAAUUGGGUGACAACAAAUUUGAAAUGAUGACAUCACAAAGAACGUUUGUUUUCCGGGCAGAAAAGGAAGCACUCAGACAUGAUUGGCUAACCGUACUAGAACAGGCAAUGAAAACACAAACCAACAAGAGUCCUAAGGCCAGUGAUGGUGACAAAAGUGGAUACCUUGAACUGAAAGGAUAUAAAAUCAAAAUAUUUACUGUGAUAGAUGGAAGUAAAUUAUGCCUGAGCAAAAGCAAACAGGAAUACAAUGCAGGGAUUGUCAUCACUGAUAUCAGUAUGACAAUGGCCACUUUAAAAAACACUGAGCGGAAAAUCUUUGAGAUCACAACUCCUUUUAGAAAUUUUUGCUUUACAGCAGACUCGGAAAGAGAAAAGCAAGACUGGAUUGAAACAUUAGAACAAUCAAUAGCAGAGACAGUAGCUGAUUAUGAAGUAGCUGAAAAGAUUUGGUUCAAUGAAUCGAACAGGAGUUGUGCAGACUGUCGUGCUCCAAACCCUGACUGGGCAUCUAUCAACUUAGGGGUUGUUAUUUGCCGGAGCUGUGCAGGUCAACACAGAGCAUUAGGAAGCAAAGUUUCAAAGGUGCACAGUUUAAAACUGAAUACAUCAAUCUGGACCAAUGAACUUGUUGAGCUUUUCAUUGUUCUGGGAAAUGAAAAAGUUAAUAGCUUCUGGGAAGCAAAUCUUUUGCCCGAAGACCAGCUUCCUGUGACCUCCAGUAUUAGUCAGAGAAGAUUGUUUAUCACGCAAAAAUAUAAAGAGGGAAGAUGUAAGAAGAUACUUUCUCCUGGUUUAUCUCUUCAACAGUUAAAUGAGGCUUUAUGUACCGCAGUGACCAAAGUUGAUGUACUGGAAACGAUGAUCUUAGUUUUUAGUGGAGCUGAUGUCAUGUGCACCACUGGAGAUGCAGACUUCAGCACUCCAUACCUUCUAGCAAAGAUGGCUGGACAGCGUUUGCAAAUGGAAUUUUUACAUCAUAACAGAUUCUCAGAUUACCAAUCUAUAGAUCAUGGAAAUGGAAAUAAUGAGAAUCUAUUCUAUUGUGGAUUUUUAUACAAAGCUUCUUCAAGUUCUUCUAAGUUGUCCACCAGCAGGAAAAUGAAAGAAGAUAUGACAAAGUGGUGGUGCACCAUCGAGAACAGUUUACUGAGCUAUUAUGAAGAUGAAGAAAAUACUGCACCAGAGGGUUGCAUUGAUUUAAGUGAAGCAGUGUGUAUGGUUGUUUAUCCAUCAGAUUUCAUCCUGGAUUCAGGGGCCAUCUUUACCUUUGAGAUAUACUUAUUGUCGGAACGUAUGUUUCUUUUUGGAGCUGAAAGUGUAGAGUCUCAACGAGAAUGGGCCAAAGCACUAUCUAAGAACUUUGUGCCUACUGUGGAUGGGUCCUUAGUAGAAUUGGAGUUUGAUGUUAUCGGAUUUUUAUAUUACAAGAAUUCAUAUACUCUCAUGGAAUGGAAAGAAGGAUGGUUUGCCUUGGAAAAAGCCUCUCUGCAUUAUACUCACAAUCAAGAAAAUGUUCAAAGAGAUAAAAUACAAUUGAUGAAGCUACAGGAACUUACAAAAACGUCAUCUGUUGAAAAUGGAGAGAAGAGGAAUGUUUUGUUGCUGGUUGAAAAUGGAAGGACAUUAUACAUCCAUGCACAUACAGUACUGGAUUUCAUGGUCUGGUGUUGUGCAAUUGAAAAAGCAGCAGGUACAGAUGGUAAUGCGCUACAGGAUCAGCAGCUCUGCAAAAACAACAUUCCUAUUAUUGUGAACAGCUGCAUGGCAUUUGUUACGCAGUAUGGUUUGGGAAGCAAAUCUCUGUAUCUAAAGAGCGGGAACCCGCUGAAAGUAAGGGAGUUGUUAGAAGAUUUUAAAAAGGACGCACGGAGCAUUAAGCUAAAAGUCGGAAAACAUCAACUGGAAGAUGUGACGGACGUGCUGAAAUAUUUUUUAUAUGAAAUAGACGAUGCACUCCUGACAAAAGAACUUUAUCCAUAUUGGAUCUCUGCCCUAGAUAUUCAGGAUGAACUGGAACGGGUGCUAAAAUAUAAAAACUUAAUUGAUACACUUCUAGUACUGAAUAAAACCACCUUGGCUGCCAUAAUUGAACACCUUUACAGAAUACAGAAAUGCUCUGAUGUCAAUCAACUGGAUACACAUGUUUUGGCUCAGACGUUUUCCUCGUGCCUUUUUCAAACCAAAGGACAUAACGACAAAGAGGUUUGCGUUGUAGAGGAGCUCAUUAAAUUCUAUGCAGAGAUUUUUGAUGUUAGUGAGGUACAGCUGAAACAGAUGGACAUUGAAAACCGUUUUAUUACCAGGUGGAAUGAUGCUCAGGUUCUAAUUCCCCAGUCUGGUGACUUGCUGCUUGAUGUGUAUUUGGAAAGAAAAGAUCCCAACACAUGUGUUAUUAUUAGGGUGUCAUCUACUAUGAGGGCUGCAGAGGUUACCAGCUGUGUAGUUGGUAUAAAAAAUAUCACUUUGACUAAUGAAAUGUUUUGGACCACAUUUGAAGUCAUCGAGCAUGGGGAACUUGAGCGUCCCAUGCAUUUUAAGGAAAAGAUAUUGGAAACCGUUUUAGAAUGGAGCAUGCUUCCUGACCCUGGAAGCGCAUACCUAAUUGUAAAACCUUUUAUCAUCCGUGAACAUCUUCUUAAUUUUGAUAAAAAUCCUUCUCGGCACAUUCAGUCAGGGAACAUGAAAUACAAAGAAGAUUCAUCCAAACUUCUCUCCGGAAAUAAGUUUCAAGAGAGAUAUUUUGUUUUGAGAGAAAGGAAGCUUCUUAUCUACAAAGACAUAAAGAACAUUAAACCAGAUAAAGUGUUGCCUGUGGUGGUAUGCAAAUUUUUUAUGGGCGUCAAAAAGAAGAUAAAACCACCAACAAGAUUUGGAUUAACUGCUUGUUUUGAAAAACAUCAAUGGCAUCUCUGUUGUGAUACACAGGAGGCACAAAUGGAAUGGAUGAUUAGUAUUCUCAAUGCACAGUGUGCUGGUGAAUUUCUUCCAAAAAGUAAAACAGAACAAAUCCUAACAGUAAAAAACCUACAGAUGAGAGGGGUGUAUGAAAACAAACAAAAGGACGCCGCUACAAUUCAGCCUAUGCCAAUGUCUGAAAAAACAAGGAGAAAAAUGCGACCUGCAAUAUCCAAGGAAGGACUCACCAACACAAUGCAACAGAGAAUGUCUCUGAUGGCAGAGGUUUUCGACAGUAAAGAAGAAAGGCUUACAAACCAGAAGAAACGAUACAGUUUGGUUGACCUUGACAGUCCUAAGAAUUACAGUGGUGACACAAAAGAACUAAACACAAUAGAUGUCAAGAGACUACACAAUCCCACUGAUCAGCUGAAUAAAGAACUGUCAGCCAACGCACAACUGCCACAGAAUGUUAUCAAGGAGCUAAACCUAGUUCUUCGCAAAAACAGAAAAGACCAGAAUGAAAGCCUGUAAUUCAAAAGCAAUUUUACUUAUAACAUUGAGUAUAUAAGUUCAAUUAAAGGAAAAUUUCAGCUUAUAACAUUUUGAUUUCAAGCAAUACAAAAUGUGAAAACUAUUGUUUGGUACUUCACAAAUUGUUAAGCAAAUGAAGCAAUAAGUGGACAUAAAAUGAAUUAUACACGGUGGGUGGAUCUAUAUGUUUUUUUGUGGUUUUUUUUCCUCCAAGCCGUCCAACUCUGUCUUCUCAAUCAAUAAAAAUUGGUCAUAUUGUAAAAGCA